UCGGAGUGGUGCGGACGGCUUGUCUCUCUCUCUCCCUGAUCCAGCGUGAUGUGCGCACAGCCGUCUUCCUCAGCUGGAGUGGUGGUGACAGGCAGUCGUCUUCCUCAGCUAGAGUGGUGGUGACAGGCAGCCGUCUUCCUCAGCUAGAGUGGUGGUGACAGGCAGCCGUCUUCCUCAGCUAGAGUGGUGGUGACAGGCAGCCGUCUUCCUCAGCUAGAGUGGUGGUGACAGGCAGUCGUCUUCCUCAGCUGGAGUGGUGGUGACAGGCAGCCGUCUUCCUCAGCUAGAGUGGUGGUGACAGGCAGUCGUCUUCCUCAGCUGGAGUGGUGGUGACAGGCAGCCGUCUUCCUCAGCUGGAGUGGUGGUGACAGGCAGCCGUCUUCCUCAGCUGGAGUGGUGGUGACAGGCAGCCGUCUUCCUCAGCUAGAGUGGUGGUGACAGGCAGCCGUCUUCCUCAGCUAGAGUGGUGGUGACAGGCAGCCGUCUUCCUCAGCUAGAGUGGUGGUGACAGGCAGCCGUCUUCCUCAGCUAGAGUGGUGGUGACAGGCAGCCGUCUUCCUCAGCUAGAGUGGUGGUGACAGGCAGCCGUCUUCCUCAGCUAGUGGUGGUGACAGGCAGCCGUCUUCCUCAGCUAGAGUGGUGGUGACAGGCAGCCGUCUUCCUCAGCUAGUGGUGGUGACAGGCAGCCAUCUUCCUCAGCUAGUGGUGGUGACAGGCAGUCAUCUUCCUCAGCUAGUGGUGGUGACAGGCAGUCGUCUUCCUCAGCUAGAGUGCGGCGGACAUUCCCCCUCACCUGACGGAUGAGAACGUGAAGACGAUACUGUCAUCUGUGCCUGGCUACAACUGGGCUACGACAAGAGCCUACGACACUUGAGGCUACGACACACGAGGUUACGACAACACGAGGCUACGACACUUGAGGCUACGACAACACGAGGCUAUGACACAUGAGGCUACGACACAUGAAGCUACGACAACAAGAGGCUACGACAACACGAGGCUACGACACCAGACUGCUGCACCAUCAAGCCGCCGCAAUACGAGGCUACGACACCACACCUCACCACAUCAUUGAUUGAGAACAAAUAUUAAUCCAUAUUCACUACCAGCAAAUACCCUUCGAUACAGAAGGAAAAGGAAAAUGAAGCUUUCGUAGAAGACAGAAUACGAGAAAAGAAGCCGUGGUAGGAGACAGGAAGGCGGACGAAGCCGUCGUAGGAGACAGGAAGGAGGAAGACAGGAUGAUGGAGACGGGGGUGUUUGUGAUGGGGCGUCUGUUGAGACGCCGCCCCCGCUACACCACCUUCCUUACCCUCUUCCUGGCCGUCUCUACCAUCCUCCUCCUGCACCACCUCGCUCUCCUCAUCUACGCCUACCACGAGUACGUGCUGGCGCUGCUCCCGUCGAGUCCGCUGCCCGUCCAGCGCCGUCCACCCAAGUCUAACACCAGCGACGGCAACACCGCCGAGAGUGAGACAGGCGGAGGACGGUACAGGGGGAAGACAGACGGGGGGCCUCGGAUCUUAUGCCUGAUCGUCACGACGCCCCACUACCACCAGGAGCGGGCGGUCCACGUAGCCUCGACCUGGGCCCAGAGAUGCAGCUUGGCCGUCUUCCUGACCACGCGCCCGGAUCCUCGUCUCCCUCGCAUACUCCUCACACCGGGGGCUCGCUCCUACGACCAGCUGUGGGACAAGGUCACCCAAGGGUUCCAGUGGGCGUAUGGGCACCGGGAGGAGUUCGACUGGGUGGUGAAGGCCGACGACGACACCUUCCUGGUGGUGGAGCAUCUUCAGGCGGCUCUCCGCGCCCUGGACCCGGACCAGCCCCUGGCCUCAGGUGUUCACCUCCGCACCUGGGAGACUGGGAAGACCUACCUCAACGGGGGCGCUGGGUACGUGUUGAGCCGGGGCGCCGUCACCAGGCUGGUCGAGGAGGGACUGCAGGCCCGAGCGUGCAAGGACAACCUCGAACUCGGCCUCAACGAGGAUGUCAACAUGGCCUCGUGUUUAUCAUUCGUGGGUGUGGAGCUCCUCGACUCCCGGGACUCUGCGGGUCGACAGAGGUUCCACGUGUACCCUCCUCAACAGCUGAUCGACCCUCGCCAGGAGAACAGCUUCUUUCAUCUCUGGCUCAAGAAGAUAUCCAUCUAUCCCUAUAAAUUUGGCUACUCGGAGCUGAGCGAGGAGGUCAUCAGCUUCCACUACGUCGACGCGGAGACCAUGUACCUCCUCUACUACCUCAUCUACCUCGUCAACCCCACCACCACCACCACCACCACCAUCAACCCCUCGACCUUCCAUCACAUCCGCGACCCUCCAGUAGAGUCCCCUCAUUCAAUCUCCCGAACGCCGCCUCUGCGCUGAGUCUCUUCCGGUUCGUCUUCGGGAGUCCAGGCCACGACAGGAGCUCGGUGGAUGUCCAGACUCCAGCUGAAGUACUUCCAGUCUCUGAUAAUCUUUCCGGAGGAGAGGAGAGCUGGAAUUGUGUUUGCUGGAUCCGUUUUCAUUGCUGUGACCGCAGGGGGUUAUUCCCUAACACACACUGGUAAUGUGUAUUUAUGUGUUUAGGUUAGAUUAGCAUUUUAAAAGCACUACAAUCACCUGUGGUUGAUUGUUCAGUAAAUCACUUAAUUAUAUGCUUAACAGCUCUCUAAACCUGUCCAUGGAGGACAGAAGAAAAUGUAGAUAUACUGGUUAGCAUUGUAAAUGACUGGCCACGAUUGUGGUAGAAAAUAAUAAUACUAAUAAAAUGGUAUUGCCGAGCUAAAUUAACACUGGAAUGCAUUUGGAGUGCCGGAACUUGGACGCUAAUGAUUUGCAGGACUUUCCAGCAGUGACUCUGGACCUGAUGUACUGUACUGAGCAGUGCUCAUGUAAAUAUAACUGUAAAAUGACUGUAUCUGUAAACAUAAAGCUCAUUAAUUAAUCCAAUCAGUCGGUGCAGCUCGUAGCCAGUCUGCAGAAACGGUUGGGCAUGUUUCCUUUCACCUAGUGCUCCCUGUUCACCUUGACCUCGUCAAGCCAAAGUUCAGGCUGCCUGUCCCCGAGAAAACGGGAAUUAUAUUGUCAAAAGAAUGACUUAAAACGAAUUAUUUUA